GCUUUAUGGAGACACAAUCAAGCAUUUGAGGAUAGUCAAAGUAGAAGACUGCCAAUGCAAUCCAUAUGCCUGUGUGCUGGGAAUGGGCAUGUUUGGGUCAGCGUUGCUGGACCGCAACACCGAUCUCAGAUAUCUGACCCUAGUUUCUAUUAGAGGAGGGUCUGUUGAUUUCACCCCAUCCAGGUUUUAUGCUAUCUGGCCACAGUUCCUAUUAAAGCAGGUCUGUUGAUUGCACCCCACCCAGAUAUUAUGUAGAGUGCUUUUCUUAGCUCUUAUGUAUAAGGGCUAAAGAGGCUUUUUUCCCUCUUUUUAUUGUUACUCAAAAAACAUACAUUGAAGUCCAUCAGCAACCAGACAUAUUCAUGUAACAAAUGAAAUGCAUAUGCUUGAUGAUGAAGAGAAAGAAAUAAACAAAAACACAAAUAAUCACCAGUUCCAUAGGUGUCCUGGAGCUUGAGUGUACCCCCAACAUUUAAAAAUAUAAACAUGACACACUGCCUACUUAUAUUCAUUAUAUUCUAUUAUUACAUGACUUUUAAAACCAUUAUGUUGCUUUCCAGUUGGAAAAAUCUUUCAACUCGCCUCACAGGAAGGACAGCACCGGUCUGCUAGUGUUUCUCAUUUGCAGGAUCCUGAAAUGGCUGAAAUGCACUGUGCCAUGAAUUACCAAAGCUUCUCAGUGGAUCAACAAAAGAGGUUAGCAGCUAGUCUCACCAAGUUUCUGUGUAUGUAUCGGCACCUCACAGAUUCCUAUAUAAUAGAGUUUUUCAGUGAGAGACUAUGGGAAAAGCUUCCACUAAGUUGGCAGGAAGCACUCGGUGACCUCUCCUCAUCUCAGCUAGCUGAUUUCUUGGAUGGACUGUCUAGAGGUGGAGGAAGGUCAGUUUGGCCACUGUCUCUUUUGGCUUUCCGAGCAACAGCACAAGCUCUGUCAUUUCCCAGAAUUCCACAUAUGGAAACAAACUUGAACAUUCCCAUGGACAAAUCAGGAAAAGCAAAGCCAGCAGAAUUUCUAAAGAAUUGCAGCCAAAGCUCAAUGCUGAGUCACAUCUUCAGGAAACAUGUUAAGCCUAAGAAACAGCAUGAGAUUCGCCAUCUGGGAAGAGUAGCCAAAAGACUAUGCGACUAUUCAGGCUGCUGGAAUGUGGUGGAUAUAGGAUCUGGACAGGGACAUUUGUCACGUUACCUCUCUUUUGGGCUUGGGCUGUCUGUCACCGGCGUCGAGGCGGACCGUGUCCUCGUCUCCAUGGCUACCAAGUUUGAUGAACAGCUCCUCUACACAUUGAAGAAAGAGAACUUAAGGAAUGUGAAGGAAGGGAGAGCUGCUUCAUCUUUCCAGUUCCAACUUCCACAGUCCCUGCCAAGGCAUGUUACAGGCUGGCUGAACCCCAGAGGAUCAUGGGAGGACUUAUUGAUGUUUCUGCAGCCCCAGAUACACACUGAUCAACACAAAAGUUCUAGUCCCCUCAAAGCAGUCCAGGAUGCCUCACAGUCUUAUGGCCAGCCUCACAUCUGCCGUUUUUGUGAUGUGGCAAAAGCUGAGAGGGACUUGAAUACAAGUGGUGAUGCCCAAGGCCACAGUAACAACCACUACAGCUGCAUGAAGGAGAAAACCAAUUCUUGGCAGGUCGAUUCAUCAGAGAGCACUACACUUACAGAUUAUUCACAACUUCCCUUUUGUUGUGACACAAACCAAAAACUUCUUUGUGCUGAAAACAAGUGUAAUGAAGACUUUAUUCUUACAGGGCUUCAUGCUUGUGGAGACCUCAGUGCCACUCUCAUUCGUCAUUUUGUUCAUUGUCCCCGAGCUGUGGGUAUUACCUCUGUGGCCUGCUGCUAUAUGAAACUAACCACCCAUGAAAACUUAACCCCACCUGGCAUUUAUGCUCCUUCUAACGUUAGAGAAGAGAAACUGGAAGAUGCAGUGAUGGACAUCAUGGUUGGUUAUCCCAUGAGCUGCUGGGUUAAGAAUCUUCCAGGCCAUGAGCUUUCCUACAAAGCAAGAGAGGCAGCAUGUCAUGCUAAAGAAGAUUAUAUACAAAGACUACGACAAGAUAGUACAAUUCUAAAGGUACACUGCUAUCGAGCAGUCCUGGAGACGUUUAUUAGAAAGGUGGACCCCAGCCUAAAACGGGCAGGCAUCCAGACUGUCAAGAAAGGCCAUGAGCUUCCAUUCACAGACUAUGCUCGUGUUGGUUUGAAGCGACUUGGACUUCCGGCUGAUCUGCCUCUGGACUUAUUAGCUGUAGAGGACAUGCUGGCACAGCAAGGGAAAGUUGUGGCUUACUUCUGCCUGGUUAUGCUCCUAGCGCCAGUAGUUGAGACACUGGUGUUGUUGGACAGAAUUCUUUAUCUUCAGCAGGAAGGAAUUGAAUGCAGUCUGCUGCCGCUCUUUGAUCCUCAUUUUUCACCGAGAAAUCUAGUUCUGGUGGCUUGCAAAACAAAGAAUAUCCCAGAAAGUUGAAAGAGGAAGAAAAAUAUGGGCAUAAUAAGGAACAGAAGCACCGUUAUGGACUGAAAUGUCACAGAUGGCCAAGUAUCUGGAAAUGCAAUUUGCCCUUCUCCUAUCUUGAUGUUCUCUAGAUGGGAAAUUGUGGAUUUUACAUUGGUCCUGUGUCAUUAGUCAGAAAUGGAGGCAACAACUGACAACCACAGCACAGCUUUCAAAUUGAACACAUUAGACAUAAAAUAAUAGGUCUGUAUUGUCUGGAGUAGAUUCGAAAACCAAAUAAUCUCAAUCUGCCUCAUUUGAAUGACUUUAAUGAUCAAAAUGUUUGAUUUUGCCAAAGUUCCAAACGCAUCUGGAAUG